UUGAUGUAUUGUAAUGGUAUGGAAGGCAGAAAUACGCGCCAUUACUUGAUGAGAGGGAGAUGACAUUAUGGCCAAAGUUAAUAUCAGCAAUGUUGUUGUUUUAGAUAAUCCAUCACCGUUUCUUAAUCCAUUUCAGUUCGAGAUUACCUUUGAAUGUUUAGAAGAUUUACCUGAAGACUUGGAGUGGAAGAUAAUUUAUGUAGGAGCAGCCGAGUCGGAGGAGCAUGACCAGACCCUGGAUUCUGUGUUAGUGGGACCCGUGCCUGCAGGGAAACAUAUGUUUGUAUUUCAGGCUGGUCCCCCAGACACGGUGAAGAUACCAGUACAGGAUGCUGUGGGCGUGACCGUCGUCCUCCUAACCUGUUCGUAUCGCAGUAGAGAGUUCAUCCGAGUGGGAUACUAUGUCAACAACGAAUAUUCUGACCCUGAACUUAAAGAAAAUCCACCAAGUUCACCUCAGUAUGAUAAGGUGGAGAGAAAUAUCCUAGCUACCAAUCCUCGAGUGACAAGAUUUAAAAUAGACUGGGAUGACACUGCUGCGACAGAUUCAGAAAAUGUACCGCCCACCAAUAGCACAGAAUCAGAGUCCAAUCAAAUGAAAGACGUCUCGUUAUCAAGCAGUAGUAAACCACUGGCCGCUACAUUUAGUACGGAAAGUAACAGCAAUAUGGAGGUCAACUGACAUUGCUCAAAGGGUCAUAGGUCAUCUCUACGGCAGCACUCACUCCAUAGAUUCCUUCACUGUACCACUUACCUCAGCUAUUUAUUAAUUCAGGAUGAACUGAGUUAAUUAUUUGAACUUCGUAUUAUUUUUCUUUGUUUAAGAAGAAGCAAAUUUAGAUGUUGUCCAUACUAAGAGUUCUGUUGGGUUAAAUUGAGAUAAAAAGUAGAAGAAUCGAAAAAAAAAUCAAGUAUAACUGUCAAAAAAUCCAAUUUUUUUGUAAGACUCUUGCAAUUACAUGAAAAUUUUAAUUUUAUAAAUUUAAUAUCAUGUAGUCUGGUGAAAAAUUUUGUUUUACUGAAAUUUGUUAUUUUCUUUUAACCUAGUUUAUCUACAAUUAUAUGAACUGUACAGUAGAAAUUAAUGUUAAUGUUUGUAUUUGAUUUUGAUAAAUUGUAGAUAAAAAAGUGAUAACUGUAAUAUCAAUACCAUAAUUAUUUAUUUGUUUUCAUAGUAUUCAGGUAAUCAAAGCAUUCUGUCUGGAUUCAUGAAGAAUGUUUAAUGACGCACAACAAUGAAAGUUCUAUAAUUACAAAAAAACAGGAUUAAAUUCUACAAGACAUUGCCAUUCAACAAUGUACUGAAUAAGAGAAUUGUAUGCCUCAAGAAUCAUGCUAUAUUCCAACUCUUGUAUUAAUUGCUGUUAUAUUGUGAAAAAUUCAAACCUCUUGUGGGGUAUUCUAAUAAAAGUGUGAUAAAUUGAA